UGGUGUUUUUGAAGAUUCCCUGUUUUUCUCCUGAAGGUUCUUAUGGGAGAUAAUUGUCCUUGUGGGCAUCUAAGCUUUUAAAUAAUUAAAUCAAGCACGAGAGAGCAUACAGACAUGGGCAUCAUGCACCGCAGUGGAGUUUUUAAGAAAACAAAUGGUAGAGCCAGGCUUGUUAUCGCAACAAUUCUUGGAAUUGUGUUAGGAUUUUUUAUUGGUGUUUCAUUUCCAUCAAUUUCCCUUUACAAGAUUCGCUCACCUUCAAGCCUUAGAUCAGCUUUUGAUGGAUCCAUAUCUAAUGACCAAGACUUUAUAGUCAGGCCUCCUGAGAGAACCACAGAUAAUCUACCUAAGAUAUAUGUUCCUACAAAUCCUCAUGGUGCAGAAAUGUUACCUCCUGGAAUUGUUGUUCCAGAAACUGACCUUUACCUGCGCAGACUAUGGGGUGAACCUAGUGAGGAUCUGAAGAAGAAACCAAAGUAUUUAGUGACAUUUACAGUUGGUAUUGAUCAGAGGAAUAAUAUAGAUAAAUGUGUUAAAAAGUUUUCUGAGGAUUUCCAGAUCUUGCUUUUUCAUUAUGAUGGGCGGACGACUGAAUGGGACCAAUUUGAGUGGUCAAAGAAUGCAAUCCAUGUUAGUGUAAAGAAGCAAACAAAAUGGUGGUAUGCGAAAAGGUUUUUGCAUCCAGAUGUUGUUUCAGCUUAUGAAUAUAUUUUCAUCUGGGAUGAAGACCUGGGAGCGGAACACUUCAAUUCGGAGAGAUACGUACAACUGGUCAAGAAGCAUGGUCUGGAGAUCUCACAACCUGGUUUGGAGCCCAAUAAUGGAUUGACAUGGCAGAUGACAAAGAGGAGAGGUGACCAGGAAGUUCACAUGGUUACAGAGGAGAAACCAGGCUGGUGUAGUGAUCCACAUUUGCCCCCAUGUGCUGCUUUUGUGGAAAUUAUGGCACCUGUAUUUUCUCGGGAGGCAUGGAGAUGUGUGUGGCAUAUGAUUCAGAAUGAUUUGGUGCAUGGAUGGGGACUGGAUUUUGCUCUCAGAAGAUGUGUCGAGCCUGCACAUGAAAAAAUCGGUGUGGUAGAUUCACAGUGGAUUAUUCAUCAAGUAAUCCCUUCUCUUGGGAACCAGGGAAAAUUGGAGGAUGGGAAAGCUCCUUCGGAAGGGGUUAGAGCAAGGUGCAAAAACGAAUGGGCGAUGUUUCAGAAACGACUCGCAACUGCAGACAAGAAAUACCUUGCUCAGUUUGGAAAGGACGACUAAUUAUUUAUUUUUAUUGAUUUCUUUUUCUCC